AUGGAGUCCCGUCUCGAGUUUCGAUUCGGUAUUGAUUUAGUGGAAGCUGCUCUAGCUCAACGCCAGUUCUUGAUGCUCGUUGAUGAUCAUUGAAAUUUACAUGCCGGUCCACACAUUAAAAGGUAUGCUCUGUUCCUUUCAUGGACACUACUGAACGAGGAAUUCUCGAGAAGAAGACUAAUGGUAUACAAGCAAUAUGGUUUUGUGACGAAAUAUACUGCUUUGUUAUUUUCCCAGUCCAGAACUUAAUACUCUCGACGAACUUUGCUCAAGACUAAAAUUCCCACCAGGGAGGCGUAAAAUGAUUCAGAAGCUUGUAAAUGUAAAGCGAAAGAACUUAGUGAACAAGUGAGAGAGGGUUAGUUGGUUUCGAUCCUCCUUUCAUUUUUCGUCCCCGGUUCUGUCUCUCUUGAGUAUUCAGUCCUAAUAGGGCUCUUUUUAUCUAAAGGCAAAACUUCCCUCGGUUUUUUCCUUUUUUAAUUUUUUGUUCACCCGAUUCUCUCUUGGGAAGUCAAUCGAGGACUGUUGUUAUCUGAGGACAGAAAAUUUAAUUUUUUUCCUUGAGUCUCUUUUGGCGUGUGUUUUAGAAGCUGUUCCUUAAUCACCGAGCAUUUCUUCGCGACAUCUCAACCAUGCUAAAGAAUGAAUUGUGAUCUUUGGUUCAUGAAAAUUUGAGCGUAAUCGAUGCGCUCUUAGCCUAAUAUGUACUAUUGCUUUUGUAAGGUAAAGCUCGUCGUGGGUUCAUAACAAGCACUCUUGCCUUACCCACUUCUAUUUCCUUUAGAUAUGAACUUCUUUGGUUUCCUUUGCUAGCUCAGUAUGUCACUCGUAUCAAGAAAUGGUCUAUUGCUUUGGGUGUGGCAUGUGCACAUGCUGUCCCCUGUCGAUUACCUGAGAGACUGCAAUUAAAUUGUCUCUACUCGGUAGGAACACAACAUAAUCUAAGAGCUACGCCAGAAAGGGCUUAUAAAGGCCAGGCCCUGUUCGUUCGAAAGUUGGAUAACGCUAUCCACCGGAUAAAUCUUUAUCGGGGGUAUAGUGCAGUACGUUUGGCUUUCACUUAUCUGCUGAAUAGCAAUGUAUCCGUUAAAUAGCGUUAUCUGCCCUUUGAAUAACUAGGCCCAGGGCCCUUUGGGGAGAUCUGGAUCCUGAGGAACCUUUCAAAGUUGAACUGACGGCCCCUGUUGAUAAGGCACCAGAUUUCAAAUCAAGAAUUGAGUAUGAUAUCGAGGCUGCUUGUGCUCGACAGAGGGUUUUUAAUUAUCAGGUGUCCCUACCUCAUUUUGCGGAUAACAAAUUCUUGAUCGAAGCAUUGGAGAGGUAUAAAUUACAUCUUCAUCUAAAGCAGUAAAAUCCAGAAAUGUGUUUUGUACCGUGCUAUGACUUUGACCUUAUUUAAUGGCAUAUCAGGUUAAUCCUGGGUAAAGUAUUCGAUCACAAUAAUGAUUCGAUUGAACAACCGACAGCCAGGGUCAAAACUAAGCAAGUAACACGAAAGGAAUGGAAAAACCCGGGGCAUUAA